GCUUCAGACUUGACACUUCCUUCUGUCCUCUGAUCGCUUGGUAUUACUCACAGUGUGCAGACUGAUGGUUUGUUGUAAUAUUUGGAGUCUAUAUGUAGGGAUCUGGUUGAUCAGGUCGCCGUUGUGGUUUUUCAAGCAGUUUGGGUCUGUUAUCUCCUGAGAUUGGGAUCAUGAGUGUUGGAAGCUGUGGGGGCGAAUAAGAGGAACACAGACACUUCGAGGACCACCUGCCCCUAGACAACCAGUCAGCGUAACCAUGACAACAACCACCUGCCCCUAGACAACCAGUCAGCGUAACCAUGACAACAACCACCUGCCCCUCACCUUCUCUCGGCUGAGAUAACUUCAUCCAGUGGCGGGGACUGACUAGGAAGUAACAGCCAUUGGACAGGAAGUAAUAAAGAUGUCUUCCCAUAAGCGUAGCUUCCAGUGCUUCGAUGCCAUCUUGGACGACGAUGGCCACCACCACCAGCUCCACCACCACCACCACCACCCCAAACUCUCACUCCCCUUCGUGCUGCGUUCUGCCCCCACGCCAUCCCCCAGCAGAUCCUCCCAUAGUGGGGGUAGCACUUACCAGGAGCCCCUGGAGGACCGAGGGUGCUACCUGUGUGCCCAGGCCACAGAGGCCAAACAGGAGACCCAGAGAGAGGCCCAGAGAGAGGCCCAGAGAGAGGCCCAAAGAGAGCCUUCAGCCUGGUACCUCCCUCCGGUCCACCCACACCACCACCCCCAGCAGUAUGUCCGCAGGCGACCUGCCCGGCCUGACCAGCCCACUGCUGAGGCCUCUGACCACCAGCACCCCACCAGGCACACCAAGAAGGUGGUGCUGGUGAAGAAUAGCGACCCCUCUGUUCAGAGGACCAUCGUGCUCCGUCGCAGGACCCUCCACAGCCUGAGCCUGUUUCUGGAGGAGCUGUCUGAGUUCAUGCAGUACCACAUCAGGAAGCUGUACACUCUGGAGGGAUGCAAGAUCGACAGUGUUCAGAGUCUCUUGCAGUGCCCCAGUGUGUUGAUUUGUGUGGGCCAUGAGCCCUCCCACACCAUCCUUCUGGAGAACUUCCGGAAAAACUCAGAUGCCAAACUUCCACGACUGAGUCCAAAGUCUCGUGGACACUCCAACACAGCCAGUGAAGGACAGGAAUCAGAGAAAACUGGCAGCUUAGGACUUGAGACAACGAAAACUGUCAUCCACCCAAGAUCUGAAUCCAACCGGUCAGCCAAGCACUCCAUAUCAUCUGACAAAUCACUCCCACCAAUCAACUCUACAUCCCCGGCCCAUGUUGGCCGUGAAGGCUUGAUGGACGAUGACAUUGAGAAAAGGGUGCUAGUCAACAAAGAUGGCAGCUUGUCAAUGGAAAUGAAAGUGCGUUUCCGACUACUGAACGACGAGACCCUACAUUGGUCCACAGAGAUAAAGAAGUCGGUAGGAACGACCAACGAAUACCUCCAAGGAUACCACGACAACUGCUUUCUUCAGCAAGGUAGCGUGGAAAGCUGUUCCGAGUCGGAGCCCCUUUCACCAGGCGAGGCUGAUGAUGCCUACAUCAUCAAACUGCACGAGAAGCAUCUGGAGAUCCCUCACUGUCAGCACUGCUGCGGCCACUGCCAGGACUAUGAGAUCUGGAAGACCCAUAUUUCGGGGGGGCAGAGGACUGUCCGCCACGUCACCUCCUCCAGCUCCAGUGCCUCCUCACACACCAUUGUCCAUAAAAAAGGUUCGGUGGAGACCAUGUCCAGUGAGGAGAUCACCGAGUACAUGGUGGAGAAGGCGACUUGCUUCCAACAGACUGUGGAGGAGGGGGGCGACACCACUGUGGAGUACUGCACCAUCAGCCGCGGCUGCAGCAGGAGCGAGAUGAGCUUGACGACGACGUCUGGGAAGUGUAAGAGUAGGGCUUCUACCCAGGAUAAGAGCGAGAUCCUUGGCAAGAGCGAGAGCAUUGACAUUACAACCCAGGCAUCGGAUAACGACGAGGAUAUGGCUGAUAGUUCUUCCUCUGCUCCUUCUAAGGAGUCUCAGAGUGAGGUUAGCGUCAAGAUCACUGAUGCGGAGGAAGACGAGCGGCCUGUGUCUGCUGUUAGUCUUUCCUCUCAGAUUCUGGCAUCGCUCAGGGAAGACCAGGAUGAUGAGGAUGACGACCUUCCACCAAGUGCUUCGAGAGCGUGUUCGUGUUCCCAGAAUAGUAACACCGAAGAGAAGGAGGAGGAGCCCACCAGAAGUGCGGUUUUGAACACAGCAGCAACACCAAUGCAACAUUUAUCUCCAAGGCCUCCUAGUAGUAAGGCAUCUUCUGUGCACUCUAAGUCAGUCAAGGCUGUGUCUCGGGCACCAGCAGAUGGACAAGAGGACCAAGAAUCAAACAACUGUAAAUGUGAAGCAUCUGACGAAGCAGGAGAUUCUACGGACGCUGAUGACAGAAAUGCUGAGACUGCAGUUGAAAAGGAAGCGGGUCAAGAAGGGAUCCCUUCAGAGAACACUGAAACCAAAGACACCAAACCAGAGGAGAGGGCAAUGAGCUCACUGUCUGUCAAAUCAAAUGUCUCUACCAGAUCCAGGAGGUCCAAAGUUGGGGAUUCAGGAGUUCAGGAGGAGAAGGGAGAGUGGUUAUCAAGUGCCAUGUCAGUCAAAUCCAAUGCCUCAGGAAAGUCAAGGAAGUCCAACGUUUCAGCUGUAGAAGAUGUAGAAGUACAGCAACAUCAAACAGACAAAAGAUCCUCAAGUGCCAUGUCAGUUCAAUCAAAUGUCUCAACAAGAUGUCAGUCCAAAAUGUCAGAAGUGGCAGCUGAAGAAAACGUUACACCAGAAGAAGACGCAAAAACAACUUCAAGUGCUUUGUCAGUUAAAUCAAACUCCUCAAGGAAGUCCAAAGUUUCUGAUGUUCCUACUGAAGACAGCGCUGAAGACGAAUUGGAUGAAGCGGAGGAGAGAGCAGCUAGUGCUAUGUCUGCUAUGUCUAAUGUGUCUACCAGAUCAAAGAAGUCCAAACUUUGUGUUGAAGAAACUAAGAGAGCAUCCAGUGCUAUAUCUGCUAAAUACAAUAUGUCAGCAAGAAAUACGAUGUUACUGAUGAAAUAUGAUGUUUCUGAUGAUCCCGCUGCAGACGUUCCCGCGGAAGAAAAUGCAGGAGACGAAGCAGGGGAAACUAAAGAGAGAGCACCCAGUGCUGUGUCUGGUAAGUCUGCUAAGUCUGUUUCUGCUAAAUCAAAGAAGUCCAAGGUUUCUAAACUCUGUCCAGAAGAAGAACUUAGAGCAGCCAGUGCCUUGUCUGGUAAGUCUGCCGUUUCAGCAAGAUGCAAGAAAUCCAUAGUUGUUCCCGCUGAAGAAAAGGCAGAAACUGAAGAGAGAGCAUCCAGCGCUAUGUCUAUUAAAUCUAAUGCCUCAGCAAGAUCAAGAAAGUCUACAGCAAUAGAUGAUGUGGGGGAAACUGAGGAGAGAUCACCGAGAGCUAUGUCAGCUAAGUGUAAUGUUUCUGCGAGAUCUACGAAAUCCAAUGUUUCUGAAGAUCCACCUGAUGAAAAUGUAAAACAGAAAGAAGAAGCUGAGGAGAGAGCACCUAGUGCCAUGUCUGCUAAGUCAAAUGCUUCUACCAGAUCAAAAAAGACCAAGGUUUCUCAAAUUUGUGUUGGAGAAGACACUGAGAGAACAUCCAGCGCUAUGUCUUCUAAGUACAACCGGUCAUCAAGAUACAAGAAAUACUAUGUUUCUGAUGGAGAAGAGGAUCAAACUGAUGAGAGACCAUCUAGUGCUAUGUCUGCUGAGUUCAAUGUUUCCAAUGCUGAAGACAACGCAGAAGUGAAAGAAUCUGAGAGAGCAGCUAGUACUAUGUCAGAAGCUCCCGCUGAAGAAAAAACUGAAGAAAAUACAGGAGAGGAGGUAAAACAAACAGAAGAAAAUAUAUCGGAAGAAGACACAGAAGCAGAGGAAACAGAGGAUCGUGCUCCUAGUGCUAUGUCAGCUAAAUCCAAAGCUUCUGAAGUUCCCCCUGAGGAAAAUGAAGACGAGGAAUUGGAAGAAAUUAAAGAGAGAGCACCCAGUGCCAUGUCUGCUAAGUCAGCUAAGUCUGAUAUUCCUGCAAGAUCAAAGAAGUCCAAGGAUUCUGAAUGUUGUCUUCAAGAACCCGAGAGAGCAUCCAGUGCUAUGUCUGCUAAGUACAAUAUGUCAGCAAGACACAAGAAAUAUGACUUUUCAGAUGAUCCUGCUGCAGAGGACGAGAGAGCAGCUAGUUCUAUGUCAGCUAAGUCCAAUGUUUCAGCUAGAUCGACAAAAUCUAAAGCAUCUGAAGUUCCGCUUGAAGUGGAACUGGAGGCUUCAGAAGUUCCUGCUGAGGAAACUGCUAAAGAAAAAGUAGAGGCUGAGGAAAGAGCACCGAGCGCUAUGUCUGCCAAGUCAACUAAGUCUAAUGUUUCAGCAAGAUCCAAGAAAUCCAGAGUUUCUGAAGUUCCUGCUGAAGGAGAGGAUCCGACUGAAGAGAGAGCACACAGUGCUAUGUCUGCUAAAUCUAAUGCUUCUGCAAAAUCAAAGAAAUCCAAUGUAUUUGCAAGGUCAGCAAAGUCUAAAGCUUUAGAAGUUCGUCCUGUGGAAAAUGGAGACAAAGAAUUGACAGAAAUUGAAGAAAGAGCACCCAGUGCCAUGUCUACUAAGUCAGCUAAGUCUGACGUUUCUGCAAGAUCAAAGAAGUCCAAAGAUUCUGAAUUUUGUCUUCAAGAACCAGAGAGAGCACCCAGUGCUAUGUCUGCUAAGUACAAUAUGUCAGCAAGACACAAGAAGUACGACUUUUCAGAUGAUCCUGCUGCAGAGGACGAGAGAGCAGCUAGUACAAUGUCAGCUAAGUCCAAUGUCUCUGCAAGAUCCCAAAAAUCCAAUGUUUCUGCAAGAUCUGCAAAGUCUAAAGCUUCAGAAGUUCCUCCUGAAGUGGAAGUGGAGGCUUCAGAAGUUCCUGCUGAAGAAACCAUCGAAUGUGAAGUAGGGGAAACUGAAGAGAGAGCACCGAGCACUAUGUCAGCUAAGUCCAAUGUCUCUGCAAGAUCCAAGAAAUCUAAAGCUUCAGAAAUUCCUGCUGAAGAAAAUGCAGAAGAGGAUGUAGGGGGAUCUGCUGAACCAGAGGAUGAAACAGAGGAACGAGCUCCCAGUGCCAUGUCUGCUAAGUCCAAUGUUUCUGCAAGAUCCCAAAAAUCCAAUGUUUCUGCAAGAUCGGCAAAGUCUAAAGCUUUGGAAGUUCCUCCUAUGGAAAAUGGAGACGAGGAAUUGGAAGAUAUUAAAGAGAGAGCACCCAGUGCCAUGUCUGCUAAUUCAGCUAAGUCUAAUGUUCCUGCAAGAUCAAAGAAGUCCAAAGAUUCUGAAUUUUGUCUUCAAGAACCCGAGAGAGCAUCCAGUGCUAUGUCUGCUAAGUACAAUAUGUCAGCAAGACACAAGAAAUACGACUUUUCAGAUGAUCCUGCUGCAGAGGAGGAGAGAGCAGCUAGUACUAUGUCAGCUAAGUCAGCCAUGUCAAAUGCUUCAACUAGAUCUAUAAAAUCUAAAGCUUCUGGAUUUCCAGCUGAGGAAAAUGCAGAAGAGAUAGAAGAAACUGUCAGAGCACCUAGUGCCAUGUCUGCUAAGACUGAAUCAGCUGACGACAACGCAGAAGAGGAAGUGGAGGUCGCUAAGGAGAGAGCUCCCAGUGCUAUGUCUGCUAAGUCCAAUGUUUCUGCAAGAUCAAAGAAGUCCAAGGUUUCUGAAUUUUGUCUUCAAGAGCCUGAGAGAGCAUCCAGUGCUAUGUCUGCUAAGUACAAUAUGUCAGCAAGACACAAGAAGUACGACUUUUCAGAUGAUCCUGCUGCAGAGGAGGAGAGAGCAGCUAGUACUAUGUCAGCUAAGUCAGCUAAGUCCAAUGUCUCUGCAAGAUCCCAAAAAUCCAAUGUUUCUGCAAGAUCUGCAAAGUCUAAAGCUUCAGAAGUUCCUCCUGAAGUGGAAGUGGAGGCUUCAGAAGUUCCUGCUGAAGAAACCAUCGAAUGUGAAGUAGGGGAAACUGAAGAGAGAGCACCGAGCACUAUGUCAGCUAAGUCCAAUGUCUCUGCAAGAUCCAAGAAAUCUAAAGCUUCAGACAUUCCUGCUGAAGAAAAUGCAGAAGAGGAUGUAGGGGGAUCUGCUGAACCAGAGGAUGAAAGAGAGGAACGAGCUCCCAGUGCCAUGUCUGCUAAGUCCAAUGUUUCUGCAAGGUCCCAAAAAUCCAAUGUUUCUGCAAGAUCGGCAAAGUCUAAAGCUUUGGAAGUUCCUCCUAUGGAAAAUGGAGACGAGGAAUUGGAAGAAAUUGAAGAGAGAGCACCCAGUGCCAUGUCUGUUAAUUCAGCUAAGUCUAAUGUUCCUGCAAGAUCAAAGAAGUCCAAAGAUUCUGAAUUUUGUCUUCAAGAACCCGAGAGAGCAUCCAGUGCUAUGUCUGCUAAGUACAAUAUGUCAGCAAGACACAAGAAAUACGACUUUUCAGAUGAUCCUGCUGCAGAGGAGGAGAGAGCAGCUAGUACUAUGUCAGCUAAGUCAGCCAUGUCAAAUGCUUCAACUAGAUCUAUAAAAUCUAAAGCUUCUGGAUUUCCAGCUGAGGAAAAUGCAGAAGAGAUAGAAGAAACUGUCAGAGCACCUAGUGCCAUGUCUGCUAAGACUGAAGUUCCUGCUGAACCUGAGGAUGAAACUCCAGCUUCAGCUGACGACAACGCAGAAGAGGAAGUGGAGGUCGCUAAGGAGAGAGCUCCCAGUGCUAUGUCUGCUAAGUCCAAUGUUUCUGCAAGAUCAAAGAAGUCCAAGGUUUCUGAAUUUUGUCUUCAAGAGCCUGAGAGAGCAUCCAGUGCUAUGUCUGCUAAGUACAAUAUGUCAGCAAGACACAAGAAGUACGACUUUUCAGAUGAUCCUGCUGCAGAGGAGGAGAGAGCAGCUAGUACUAUGUCAGCUAAGUCAGCUAAGUCCAAUGUCUCUGCAAGGUCCCAAAAAUCCAAUGUUUCUGCAAGAUCUGCAAAGUCUAAAGCUUCAGAAGUUCCUCCUGAAGUGGAAGUGGAGGCUUCAGAAGUUCCUGCUGAAGAAACCAUCGAAUGUGAAGUAGGGGAAACUGAAGAGAGAGCACCGAGCACUAUGUCAGCUAAGUCCAAUGUCUCUGCAAGAUCCAAGAAAUCUAAAGCUUCAGAAAUUCCUGCUGAAGAAAAUGCAGAAGAGGAUGUAGGGGGAUCUGCUGAACCAGAGGAUGAAACAGAGGAACGAGCUCCCAGUGCCAUGUCUGCUAAGUCCAAUGUUUCUGCAAGGUCCCAAAAAUCCAAUGUUUCUGCAAGAUCGGCAAAGUCUAAAGCUUUGGAAGUUCCUCCUAUGGAAAAUGGAGACGAGGAAUUGGAAGAUAUUAAAGAGAGAGCACCCAGUGCCAUGUCUGCUAAUUCAGCUAAGUCUAAUGUUCCUGCAAGAUCAAAGAAGUCCAAGGGUUCUGACCUUUGUCUUCAAGAACCCGAGAGAGCAUCCAGUGCUAUGUCUGCUAAGUACAAUAUGUCAGCAAGACACAAGAAAUACGACUUUUCAGAUGAUCCUGCUGCAGAGGAGGAGAGAGCAGCUAGUACUAUGUCAGCUAAGUCAGCCAUGUCAAAUGCUUCAGCUAGAUCUAUAAAAUCUAAAGCUUCUGGAUUUCCAGCUGAGCAAAAUGCAGAAGAGAUAGAAGAAACUGAAGAGAGAGCACCGAGCGCUAUGUCACCUAAGUCUAAUAUCUCUGCAAGAUCCAGGAAGUCAACAGUGUCUGAAGUCCCUGCUGAAAAAGAGGAUCAAACCGAGAGAACAGCUAGAGCUAUAUCUGCUAAGUCCAAAGUUCCAACGGACGAUACUGCUCAACCUGAGGAUGAAACAGAAGAGAGAGCGCCUAGUGCUAUGUCAGCAAAGUCAGCUAAGUCCAAUGUCUCUGCAAAAUCAGGGAAAUCCACAUUUCCUGAAGCUUCUGCUGAGGAAACAGCAGCCUCAGAAGAGAAAACGAAGGAGAGAGCACCAAGCGCUAUGUCUGCUAAAUCAAAUAUCUCAGCAAGAUCUAAGAAACCUGACCAUGAAACAGAGGAGCGAGCAUCCAGUGCUGUAUCAGUUAAGUCACAUGUAUCUGCAAGAUCAAGGAAGUCCAAAGUUUCUGAAGUUGCUGCUGAAGAAAAGGCUGCAGAGCAGGUAGAGGAACAUGUGGAAAAAGCAACAAGUGCUGUGUCGGCUAAGUCUCCAAGAUCAGCCGGAACCCACGCAUCUGCCAAGUCCCACGCAUCAGACAGAACCCACACAACAGACAGGAUCCACACAUCAGACACAUGUAUUUACUGUAACUCCAAACCCAAAGAUAGCAUAACUGCUGAAGUGACUGAGAGACCUAAAAGCAACAUGUCCAAUGUGUCAUCCCACCUACAAGUGAAAGGACAAAAGGACAAAAACAAUACGGAUGAUGCCAAAAGCGACAAAGGGAGUGAUAUUUCAAUGAAGACAAACAGAUCAAAGAUUGCCACUAGAGAUCAUGUAGACACUCCCAGACCUAACUCUAUUGCAUCAGAGAGUCAUCUCACUCCUACUCCACCACACUGCCCACCAACCCCUAGAAAAAUGAAACAACCUGUUAUUCUACUUGGGUUUUCAAGUGACAGUAACAAGUUACACACAGCAGAUCCUAGGAAGGAGAGCUCUAACAACUUAUGCGAUGGUCCCUUAAAAGCGACAGACUGGAAUGUCAGUGACAACAAAAGUGACAAGAGCAGCAAGUGCAAACACAGGAAAGGGGUUUCCUCUCGCAGUUCCUCCCUACAGUUGCUGGAAGGAGAUGUCUCUGAGCUGGUUCCCUCCAAUUUACCAAACGCCUCUCCAACAGAGGUGGUGAAUGAGUGGCUUAAGAAAAUACCAUCUGAUAGUGAGAUGUACGACAUUGGGGACGAAUUCAGUGACAGAGGCCAUUCACCGGAGCUGGCACCAAAGGACAAAACGAAUGGGACGGAGGAGAACGAUGUCACUGCUGUGUGUGAGACUCAAAAAGAAAAGGAAGAGCCCAAAGAGACAGCAGCCAACCAUGUGGCUGAUGGUGAGGAGCCAGCAGAGACCCCACCUGAGACCCAACCAGAGGGCACCGUUCCACAGGAGGACAUAUCAAAGAGCUUUCACUCCUCAGUGCAGGUGAUGAAAGUACUGUUGAGUCCCAAGCUUGACCGGUGUCACAGCUUACCUGAAGUUUCCCCAGUGUACGGACGUAAACUGAGCACCUCAGCCAGAGGUCUCCUGGAUUGCCUCGCAAAGCUGCAGUUGAUUGACUUUGAUCACAAUGACGAUGCAAAUGCCAAGGAAGCAAGGUACAGAGAGCUAAUGAACAUCCUCCAGUCCCUCUGGUUGUGUGACCCUGCAGAGAAUCAAAAGACACAGCAGAAUGGCUGUGAUCAACACUCCGUGGACGGUGACACCAAAGCAAGGUCCUCCUCUGGGGUGGACGUCAGCAGUGGCUCAACAGGCUCAGGUAAGAGCUCAGGUGGUUUGGCUCAUGCACCGAACGCAGAGGGGGAAGCAUUGCCGAGGGUAGAAGAAGUUGACGAAACUGCAGAGGAACAAGAAAGCCCAGAGUUCUCAAUCCCUAUGUCUGAUCUAGCCACUCUGGACAUAGCCAGUCAGGUCCAAUGGACCACAGAGGAAGGAGGAGGAGAAGGAGGAACAGCAGUGGAGGAAGAGAAACAAAAAGACGAAGACAUCCCGGCGUCUGAUGACACCAUUAGAAAUGAAAGUCUGAGAGAAUUACCAGAAACACCCCCGUCUUCCAACAAGAGCUCAGACCCUCGAGAGGACACAACCUCUGGCUCUCCUCCAUCUGCCCAAAGGGCACAACUAGCCAAAAAGGUUUCCCUGGAUCCUGAUCCUGUCUGGGUCUUGAAGUUACUGAACAAACUAGAGAAACAGUUCAUGACACAUUAUGUGGAUGCCAUGGCUGAGUUCAAGAUUCGCUGGAAUUUGGACGACAGCGAACAUCUUGAUGCCAUGAUAGCCGAACUAAAAGACGAUGUGCAUAGGAGGAUACAAUUAAGCAUUGACAGAGAACUAAGGAAGAUCCACGGUCGGGGUGGAAGACCAAGACCACCCAAAGAAGAAUUGUCACGAGAAUUAAGUGCGCAAACUGAGACGAGGCGAAGAAGACUGAAGGUCGUGCGCAACCAGUCUAUUGAUUACCGAGAGGAGAAAAGCGACGAUGCAACCGGCACUUCAUUCAGUGACCAACGGAGUGAUGAUGAAUAUUGCCCUUGUGAAACAUGUAUAAAAAAGAAACUGGAUUUAGGGCCACUGCUUCCUGCAGAAGUUUUGCAUAUUGCUCCAGUCAUGAUGGCUUUUGAUCUAAAGUCAAUCCUCCAGUUGAAAAAGGACCCUACUCCAAAGACACAAGAAGUUGAUGCUACUGAUGACACUGAAACUAUGGAUGAAGCCACAGUAGUGAAAACUAGUAUUAUACAUGCAUUUGAUUUAAAGUCAAUUCUCCAGUUGAAAAAGGACAAUCCUCCACAGAUACAAGAAGAAGUCGAUGUUACAGAUGAGACUGGAGGUAUAGAUGAAGCCAAAGCAGCAGAAACUCUUGUUGAAAACGUUAUCAACGGGGCUAAGAAAGAGGCGAAGGAAUCACAAGAACAGGAAGAUGCUGCUCAGGAUGAUGAAAUGGGUAAUGAAGCUGAGGCAGCAGUAGAAGAGACAGUUAAAGAUGAAGCAGUAGAAGAAGAGGAAUAUGAUAUUGCUGAAGAUGAAGAAACUGUUGACGCAGAAACUCCAGAAGAUGAAGCAGUAGAAGAGGAGGAGGAAGCUAAAGCAGAAACAGCAGAAGCUGAGACAGUAGAAGAUGAAGCAGGAGAAGAAGCAACUUCUGAAGCAGAGACAGCAGCUGAUGACGAAACAGCAGGAGAAGAGGACACUGCUGAAGUAGAGACAGCUGACGAAGAAACAGAGGAAGCAGCAGAAGAAGAAGCUGAAGCUGAAACUGCAGAGGCAGAGACUGCUGAGGAUGAAGCAGGAGAAGACAAGGAAGCUGAAGUAGAGGGAGAAGAGACAGCAGAAGACGAAGCAGAAGAUGAAACUGUUGAAGCUGAGAGUGCCAAAGUAGAAUCAACUGAAGAUGAAACUGUCGGAGAAGACGAGACUGUUGGAGAGGAGGAAGCUGAAACUGAGGCAGUUGAAGAGGAAACUACAGGAGAGGAGGCGGCAGAAGCUGAGACAGCAGCAGAAGAAGAGACAGCUCAAGAUGAAACUACAGGAGAGGAGGAGGCUGAAGUUGAAACAACCGGUGAUGAGUCGGCACUAGCUGAAACUGCAGGAGAAGUAACGGCACUAGCUGAAACUUCAGGGGAAGAGACAGCUGACGACGAAACAGCAGGAGAGGAAGAGAGUGCUGAAGCUGAGACAGCUGAGGGAGAAGAGCAGACAGCCAGAGAUGAAACAAGAGGAGAUGAGACUGAAAACGCAGGAGAAGAGUCGGCAGAACCUGAAACAGCAGUCGAAGAAGAGACUGGCGAAGCAGAGACAGCUGAAGAUGAAGGAGCAGGAAAUGGAGCUGAAGCUGAAGCUGAGGAGGAUGUAGAAAAAGAGGAAGCUGAAAAAGAAGAGAAAAUAGAGCCAGUAGAUGAGUCAAACAUCGAGGAGACAGCUAUCAGGAAAGACAACGUGGAGGAAACACUUAAGGAAACUCAAGUGACCUCAUUCGAUGCCUUUUCCAGAUUAGAGUACUCUGAAGAAGGUGCUUACUCUGACGUUGAGGAUUCAGAGACUGAAGGAAACAAUGAGGAGUCAGAGGCCCAAGAGGACAAAGCAGAAGAGGAGGGUGGUACUGCAGCAGAGGCUGAGCUUCAGGUUGAGGAGACUACUGUUGAGGAGGAGGUGGAGGAAGGGGAGGAGGAGCAAGCAGAAGCUGAGGAGGAGCAGGCAGAAGCUGAGGAGGAGCAGGCGGAAGUGGAGAAGAAGGAUGCAGCAGAAGAGGAUGCUGCUGCUGAGGAAGAACAGGAGGAAGCUGAAAAGGAAGUUGAGGAGGACCAGACAGAAGCUGAGGAGGAGCAGGAGGAAGAUGAGGAGGAGCAGGAGGAAGAUGAGGAGGAGCAGGAGGAAGAUGAGGAGGAUACAGUUAAAAACUAUGCUGCUCCCGAGGAAGAGCCAGCCGAUGAGGCGGAUGAUGUCAGAAGCAAAGGACAGUCUGAAGACGACGGUGAUGGACCUUCUGGGACAUCUGAGACGAGCCUACAAAGCCAGCCAACCAAAUCUUCCAUGGAAUCCCAACCAGGCUCGCUGGAUGAAAUCCUGGAUGAAGAGGCAGAGCGAGAGUCCAACAGUGAGAAGAGUUCAGGGUCGGGGAAAGGCUCGGGCCACCACCUCUCUGUGAAGAGAAAGCAGAUGUACCUUAUGGACAAAGAGAACGAGAGCAAAGUGUCAGAAGUCACAGAGUCAGCCAGCGAGGUUCUCGAGCGACAAGUCGUCUCCCCAAAGAAGAAGACUCCAAAGAAGUCUGUCAAGUCAAGCAAGGCCAAAGAGAGUGAUAUUGAUCAAGACGAUCUUGAUUUCUAAAACUUCACUCUUCAAAUUUAAUUUACGGUAUUUUGCUUGUAAAAAAGUUGAGUUUAAUUACCUCCAAAUUAAUGAAAUCAAUAGUUCAUUAUUUGGUUAAUUAAAGACAUACCUACCUGAUCACAGUCAACACACACAUAUUUUAUGUUAAGAAUUUAAAGGAAUAUAACAGAAUAAAAUAAUAAUCAUAUUUUUCCCACACAACUUGAGUCAUGGGGAAAAAAAGCCUAUUGCCUUUUUGUUCCACAUUUCAUCUCUUUCCUACCCUCACUCCACGUUGUUAGGGGGCAGACGUAGGGGCUUACAUUGAUAGUAUCUGCAUCAUGAUACCAAUAGAAAAUAAUAGCAUACCUAUUUUCAAAAGCAUGUGAGUCUCAUGUUCAUAUUUCACAACACUAAAAGUGUAUAGGCUUUACAUGAUCGAGCAAGGUAACAGGCCUACUCUUGAUUUAGGCUACAUUAUUAGAUGCUAAAUGUUUCUGAUCACAGAUAGAUGAUCUAUACCUCCACUUAUUUGCCCAGCCAGAGAAUCAACCAGAUCACAUUGAUCGAUACAAGUCAGUGAAGUAACAGGCUUUAGUUUGGGUGUAAGGCUACUAAGGGCCUGGAGUGAGGAGCAAAAUAAUCCACUUGAUAAACUACAUAUCCUGAAUAACAUGCUGGCAAAAUGUUCUGAUAAAUCAGCCAACUAGACUAAAUGAUCUGAUAAAUCAGUCAACUAGACUAAAUGAUCUGAUAAAUCAGCCAACUAGACUAAAUGAUCUGAUAAAUCAGCCAACUAGACUAAAUGUUCUGAUAAAUCAGCAAACUAGACUAAAUGUUCUGAUAAAUCAGCCAACUAGACUAAAUGUUCUGAUAAAUCAGCCAACUAGACUAAAUGUUCUGAUUAGGCCUAAUAAAUCAGCUAACUAGACUAAAUGUUCGAAUAAAUCAGCCAACUAGACUAAAUGUUCUGAUAAAUCAGCCAACUAGACUAAAUAUUCUGAUUAGGCCUAAUAAAUCAGCUAACUAGACUAAAUGUUCUGAUAAAUCAGCCAACUAGGCUAAAUGUUCUGAUAAAUCAGCCAACUAGACUAAAUGUUCUGAUAAAUCAGCCAACUAGACUAAAUGUUCUGAUGAAUCAGGCAACUAGACUAAAUGUUCUGAUUAGGCCUAAUAAAUCAGCUAACUAGACUAAAUGUUCUGAUAAAUCAGCCAACUAGGCUAAAUGUUCUGAUAAAUCAGCCAACUAGACUAAAUGUUCUGAUUAGGCCUAAAAAAAUCAGCUAACUAGACUAAAUGUUCUGAUAAAUCAGUCAACUAGACUAAAUGUUCUGAUAAAUCAGCCAACUAGACUAAAUGUUCUGAUAAAUCAGCCAACUAGACUAAAUGUUCUGAUAAAUCAGCCAACUAGACUAAAUGUUCUGAUAAAUCAGUCAACUAGACUAAAUGUUCUGAUACAACUAGACUAAAUGUUCUGAUAAAUCAGCCAACUAGACUAAAUGUUCCGAUACAACUAGACUAAAUGUUCUGAUAAAUCAGCCAACUAGACUAAAUGUUCUGAUAAAUCAGCCAACUAGACUAAAUGUUCUGAUAAAUCAGUCAACUAGACUAAAUGUUCUGAUACAACUAGACUAAAUGUUCUGAUAAAUCAGCCAACUAGACUAAAUGUUCCGAUACAACUAGACUAAAUGUUCUGAUAAAUCAGCCAACUAGACUAAAUGUUCUGAUAAAUCAGCCAACUAGUGUAACGGUCUGGGCGUAGUGGGUGCGGAGUCAGGCGCAGGAGACAGAAAGUUCAAUGUAACGCUUUAUUACGCACAAAAGUAAUUCGCCCAAAAUGCCGGGUGCACCAAAAUACAAACACCCAAAAUAUACUAUCCACCACGCAGAACACAGUGGAAGGAUCAUUAAGCCCGCACAAAGAACAGCCGGGCCUACUGGCUUAAAUAGUCCAACUAACAAGCCUAAAUGAAAACAGGUGAAACUAAUUAGACAAAACAAACAGAAAAGGGAAAAAGGGAUCGGUAGCAGCUAGUAGGCCGGUGACGACGACCGCCGAGCGCC